GACAUUAUGUUUUCCUUUUUUCAAAGAUUUGUUUGUGGAGGACUUGUGUCUCAUUGCCUUCACGGUGAAGAUCAACUGUCACUCAUCAGGGACACUGUCAGAAGAAAUUACCAGAAAUUGUCCUAUAGAGCUCUUCCAUGGGGACUGUGCCUGACCCACUGAGGUUGACCAAAUCUUCCCUGAUAGGCACUCCAGAAAAGCAAGAAGAUUUUGAAGAGCAGCAGCCUUCUGUUCCACAGCAGACAUCAAUCAUUGCCUAUACCAAUGCUAACAGUCUUCCUUGCUUUCCUUCAGAAUCUGUUAGAAUUGGCUUGUUGGAACUCAGCUGCCCUGGACCAGUAGAAAACAUAAUGAAGGACUCUGAGCAUGAUCUUACCCACACAGUCAUGUCUUCUGGUAUUUCUAGUGAGGAUGAAAAAUUACCUCCCACAUGCAACAGCCCUUCUGGUAGCUCUCAACAUCAAGGCAGCAGUGAACAUGUAGCACAAAUUCCAGGUCCACUUGUAGACUUGACCAGCCAUCCCACACCUUGUGAUGAGCCAAAGAUCUUGACAGAUGUUGUUUCUUUGACUUCAUUAGAACAAUCCUCCAAAAUAUCUCAGCAAUCUAGCCUCACUAGCAAACAGUUAGUAUGCUUUACAGAGCAAGAAAAACCACUGCAAGCAGAGCACCUGUCCUCCAGAUUCAAAGAAACAGGUACAAUGACAAGCCUAGAUGAGAGUGGAAUUGUGGCAGGGGAGAGGGCAAACAGAACUUGGCAAGAUGCUGAAGUUCAGACAGUAACCAGUGUGGAGAGCAGAUCUGUCUCUACCAGCCCAAGUAUCCUUGCUACAUUCUUAAACAAAAUCCCUCCUCCUGGGACUCUGGAGGAACAAGAGCAUUUGUAUGUUAUUUACCAGAGCAACAGUAACAUGAACAAUCCAUCAGGGCUCUUUGACAAAUUGGUAGGUCCAAAAGGAGCACCUUGCCAUUUUGAUAACAAGAGAGAAGUACAUAUACAGGGAGCUACUGGUGAUUCUUCAAACAUACCAACUUUCCAAGUGGACAAUAAGUCAACAGAUUCAUCAGCCACAGUCAUUAAAGUGGUGUCAAACAAUGGAAUGUCUAACCUCUGUUUUCUACAGGCAUCAAGUGAAAACAAAACUAUCUGCAAGGAAAAACAGCAGGCAGUAGAAAUGGUCAGUGAAGGAGAAACGCAGGCAGUACCACCUACACUCAUCCCAUCCAAUGCAAAACCAGUCGAUAAGAUUUCUACCCAGGCAUGUAAUCAAGCUGAUGUAAGUCAUGGCUUGGGAAAAGCCAAAAUCAAAUCAUCUGAGUUGUCAACAAAAACUGUUAAUGCCUGCCAAGCUGCAAGUACCCCCAGUGAUCCAUGUCAUAAACCACUCAGCCCUGACAAUGAACUGAACAAAUCUGAUAACUUGAAUGUCACAGACAAAGGCAGUGCAACCGAAAAGACUUUGCCUACUCAGAUAGUAAAAGAAGGAGAUCAUACUGAUCCCAAGGCAGACAUAAAACCAAAAAUGGAAACAAAAGCAGAAUUGCUUUGUCCUAAUGCAGAAGGACUAAGUGUCCUUACUCCUACCACAGGCAGAAAGAACCAGGACAAAGCCUCUGAAGAAAGUAAGCAGACAAAAUCAGUUACAAGCCUGGGACUCCCAGGAGAGUUGAUGGGGGAAUCCAGUCCAAAUUCUGGUAAACGUACACCCUCUCGGUCAAUCAAAGCAAGUCCACGUCGUGCCAGCCGUGUCAGUGAGUUCUUAAAGGAACAAAAACUCAAUGUGACAGCAGCAGCUGCUCAGGUUGGAUUUACCCCUGGAGAAAAGAAAAAGCAGCUUGCAUCUGAUGCCAAGCUCCAGUUCAAGCAGUCCAAGCAAGUCAGGGAUGUCAUAUGGGAUGAGCAAGGCAUGACAUGGGAAGUAUAUGGAGCUUCCCUAGACCCUGAGUCACUCGGCCUCGCUAUUCAGAACCAUUUACAAAAACAAAUAAAGGAACAUGAGAAACUGAUUAAUGUUCAAAGCAAUCAAAACCGGACAUCCAUUUCUUCUGAUACAUCUUCAAAUAAAAAACUUAAGGGGAGGCAACACAAUAUGUUCCAGGCCAUGAUGCAGAACUUUAGACGUCCCAACUGUUGUGUCCACCCUGCUCCCUCAUCUGUGUUAGAUUAAAAGAGAAAAUAGAUAGAAUAGCGUGGGUACAUUUAGUAUUAACAUGAAUCUUGGUCUAUGAUAAGGUUAGUUCUGUUUUAUGAAGAAAUCAGCUAAUCACAAGAAAGUGUUAAUUUCAGGAAACUGCUUCAAUAUUUUAUGAGGACUUUGUCUAUUUAGAUGUCGAAUCUAAAGAAAAAAUAUAGAUAAUAGGAACACAUUUCAGUGUAGGUUUACAUACUAAAUAAAAAUAAUAGGCAGAUACAGAAAUAUUUAUAAAAAAAUGUAGCUACUUCAUUUAUAUUGUUUCCUCAUUUUAGCAAACUGGGGUUAUUUGUAUUUAAAUCUUUAUUCUGUGUAAAGGUAGGGUUUAGCACAAACAGUGUUAUACAUUUCCUGUCCAAAUCUCUAAUCCAGAAAAUGAGGGAACUGUAUAAUACCAUCUUCAAGUGGUACUACACCUUCCUACUAGUUUUUAAAUUCAAUAAUCUUACUUCAUUAAGGAUGGUAUCAAGAUCCAAAAGCUUUAAGUAAAAGAUAACUAAUAUGAAACAUGAAACUGAACUUUCAUUUAUUGAUAAAACAGAUUCUGUAAAUUAAAGAAUCCUUAAAAAGCAUAGAAAGUAUCCAACAUUAGUGAAGUUUAUAUGUACAUGCAGGCAUCCAAGCACAUCAGUUUUAUUAUAAUAGUUGGCAAAUAUAAGCAAAUUUUAUUAAAUACCAUCAAGCCUUUUCUUGUAUGUAGGAAAGAUAAUAUAAAAAUACUAUAGUCAGAUUUCACUGAUCUUCUUUCUCUGGUACAAUUUCACCUUCUUAGUCUAUAAGAAGUCUAUUCCUCUGAAUUCAUGAAAGCAGUUUUCUGUAACAUUCUACUAACAAUAAAAAAAAAAUCUAAAAGGCUUCCCAGUAAUUAUAAAUGUACAGAUACCAUAUAGCUUUCUACCUGGAAAUAAUAAUGCUACAUUCAGUUGCUGAUUCCAAUUCCAAUAAUUAUGUGGACAAAAAAAUAAAUCACACUAUUUUUCCAUGGAAUCUGCACCAAACUUAUUUCAAGAAAAUGUGGUGAAUAUUUGUGGAACAUGAUCUUCUUUGGGACAAAAUUUUCAGAGGCAGCUAGUACCACAGUGGAUUGAGUGUUGGGGACUGGUUUCAGAAGACCUGAGUUCAAAAUGACCUAAUAGACUUUCUAACUGUGUAACCUGAGCAAAAGAAAACAAAACAAGAAUCCAUGUUUGCUUCUAUCUUCUCAAUUGUAAAAUGGGUAGAGUUAUAGCACCUACUUUCAAGGUAGUUGUGAGGCUCAAAUGAGAUCCUCAGUUAGCAUAGUAUGUGACGUAUAAGAGGUGCUAUUUAAAUACUUAUUGUCUUCCCCUUUUCAUAUCUAAUUUGAGUUUGUGGCUAAAUUGUGUUAACUGGAAAAGAAGUGGCCCUAGUAAUUUAAUUUGAGAAGCAUUAUCAUAUACUUUAUCAGAAUACAAAAAAAGAAAUGGUAGUUUUCUGUUUUUUCGUAUGUUUAUAUUUUGGGAUCUCUCUCCUACAGCCUUCAUCUACAAUAUGCCUCUGUAAGAAAGACUACAGCUAGGACAUAUAAGAUUUUAAGUGAGCUAAGCAGUGAGAACACACCUUUAUUAUUCUCUCAUAAAGUUUGUAAAAGUACAUAAAAUAAAGGGACUAAGGAAGCAUAUAUUGUAAUGUUUCUUGUUGAGAUGAGCAUUGGCCUAGACUUAGUGUUGGACUCUUGAGUGGGUGCAGAUUGCUGAAAGGAACAUUGACUUUAAAUGUUAAAUUUAAUUGUUAAUUUAUCCUUUAAGUGGAAGUCUCUGAGUUUCUAGAUUAUUUUUUCAGUACCUGAUAUGAAACUAUGUGUUCAGUAAAACCUCCAGUUGAUUUUAAUCAUUUGUUCUUAAAAAAAAAAAAAAAUUUAGUUUGCAAGUUCUGAACUUGUAAAGAAUAAUACCUAGGUUUAAUGCCAUAAAUUGUACAAUACAACAUGAUUGAAUGUUAAUCCAUGGUGGUUUUAGUUUUUAUUAUUCAUCCAUGUGUAAAGGUGUUAUGAAUAGAUCAGAAUCACAGAAUAAUUGAUAAUGAGAAGAGUUAUCUUCAGUCAAAUAUUCAGACAGAUCUGUGUUUUUAUCGAUAUGGUUAUUUCUUUCAUUGAUGCAGAUUAUAAUUUAUCCAUGUCUGACUAGUCUAUGCAAAUUAUAUCCUGCCACAAAUUUGAAAUAGGAUUUUCUGUUCAAAGGACUUUCCUUUAAACACACACACAAACUACUUCUAGGCAAUUAUUUAACUGUUUUGAGAGAAAAAGUUCCUAAAAUAUAUCAUACCAUUUAAAAAAGAAAAAUUUGAGGUUCUGGUCAUUUGUACUGUAUUAAAAUAAUUUCUGAAACAGAAAUACCUCCUCUACUCAAACAACUAUAGUUAAAAACUCACUUCACCCUUUCUUGAAAUUGUAAUAAUAUCCUAGUAUAAUUCUGUGGUUCAAUGGGCAUUUGUACUUUUUUCUCUCCGUCUCUCUUUCUCUCUCACUCUGUCUCUCUGUUACACAUACACAUACACAGAUAUACACACAGUAUAUAGUAACAAUCAUCAAUAUUAACACUGAAGGAUGAACUUCAGGUCAAAUAAUACUACUUAUGAGUUUGGGAUAAAAACAUCUUUAAAUGUAUUUAAAUGAAGCAGAUUCCCAGAUAUUUUGGGGACAUAUGUCCCAAAGAAAUUAAAUUAUAUAGUUUUGUUUACUGGGACUGGUGUUCUAUUUUUGACUUUUAAAUUUUUUUUUAAAUUAAAAAUAUUUUGUAGGUAGCAGUUCUGAUUAGCAUCAGUGGGAUUUUUUUUUUCCUUCUUUUCAAAAUAAGCUUCCUCUCUGAUCACCAGACAACAAGGUGUUUAGUAAUAAAUGACUUUGCAGACACAAAUUGGGUCCAAGGCUCUCGGUCUGCAUGAAGACCCAGAAUCUUGGUUUCUACUCAGUUAAUACAUAGUUAAAUGAAUUUAAAAAAAAAAAAAAACACAACAGGAUAUAGGGAUUGAGCCACUUUGUUCCUUAUGCAUUUUAUUUUCAUGUCACAUAUAUUGCUGAAAAUAUUUUGCUUUCAUUUGAACCUUUCUUUGUAACAAAGAAAAAUAGGUGAGAAAAAACACCAGAUUUAGUGACCAAGUUUGACAAUUAAUGCAUUUUAUUCUAGUAGGCCCCUACUCUGAUACAGAAGGAGAGAGAUAUAUUUCAUAAUUUUUCUUGUUUAAUUUUUUUUGAAGAGUCAUUUAUAUUGUGGUAAUUACUAUAUAUCUUUUUUCCUUGGUUUUAUUUUUUCAUUCUAUAUCU